CUGUAACCACUCGCCGCCCUCUCCCGGCCCGGCGCACCGCUGCCCGCGCGCGAGUCGCCCCGGGACCCGGCACAGGUUGAAGAAAUAUGGAUACCAACACCAUAUUGGUCAUCAGCGCUGGUUUUACCAGCUUUUUCACCUUUCAGCUUCUUUUCCACUUUGUAAGUUAUUGGUUUUCAGCAAAAGUUUCUCCAGGUUUUAAUAAUCUCAACUUCGAAAAGAAGAUUGAAUGGAACUCAAGGGUAGUGUCUACGUGUCAUUCUUUGGUGGUUGGGGUUAUUGGCUUGUACAUAUUCUUGUUUGAUGAGGCUACUAUUGCUGAUCCACUUUGGGGUGAUCCAUCUCUUGUGAAAGUGAAUAUUGCUAUUGCUUCAGGCUACCUCAUUUCUGAUUUGUUGAUUCUCAUUUGGUAUUGGAAAGUGAUUGGUGACAAGUAUUUUAUAAUUCACCAUUGUACAGCGCUGUAUGCAUACUACUUUGUACUGAGGGAUGGAGUGCUGGGAUACAUUGGGAAUUUUCGCCUGCUCGCAGAACUUUCCAGCCCUUUUGUGAAUCAGCGGUGGUUCUUUGAGGCUCUGAAGUAUCCUAAGUUUUCCAAGGCUAAUGUCAUCAAUGGAAUACUCAUGACUGUGGUGUUCUUCAUAGUGCGGAUUGCCUCAAUACCUCCUUUUUAUGGCUACAUUUACUCUGUGUUAGGAACGGAAGCCUACCUGAGGCUUGGAUUUUUAAUUCAGUGUUCCUGGAUCUCUACUUGUGUUGUUUUGGAUGUAAUGAAUGUCAUGUGGAUGAUCAAAAUUUCAAAGGGGUGCAUCAAAGUCAUCUCUCUCAUAAGACAAGAGAAAGCCAAAAAGAGUCUUCAGAAUGGAAAACUUGACUAAAAGUGGGCUAUUGAUAAGCAUACUUCAUGAUUACCCACAUUAUAUCUUCUGAUAGGUUGAAUUCUUGGCAUGUUCUUGUGCUUCUUUAUUAAUUAUACUUGUUAUUCUCGGUUUCAAUGUCCUUUUUUUCCUAACCGUUAGAAAAGAGAA